AUGAAGUUCUCCAUGGCGAUUCUUGCAAUCUCCGCCACCUUGGCUAUCGCUGCGCCUACAUUGAACAGCCGUAUAACUUCCGAGGGACAUGACCAAAUGGGAGCUGUCAAGCGCGGUGUUCCCGCACGUCCGGAGAGCGCCAACGAGAAGCGGGGUCUUCUUCUGAGCUUGGAACCCGGUACGAUUGGUGAUUUAUCAAAUGUUAAACGCGAUGAGAUGGCCCAGCUGGAGAUUGCCAACGAGUAG